CGACCCCUGCGCCACGAUCCCAUCGUUGCCGGCAAGAACCCUAUACUUAUCCUUCCUCGUGAAAUUUGUGCACUCGAAUCCCAACGUGGCCGCCAAUAUCCUCUGCACAUAAUUUGCCACGUCGUGCGGGCUCCUCCCUGCCGCGCACGUGGCCUCUGCCGGCAGCUGGUUGAGAAACGUCACCUCAUACGCGGGCCUCGGGUUCAUAAAAAAGAAUAUCGGGUCCAUAGCCUUCCACCCGCGUGCCGUGGUCGCAUGAAAGAACCCGACCCGGUAGUUCAUGGCCACCGGCACUAUCCGGUCCGUGAGCUCCGCAAAGAGGGCACUGAACCUGAGGAGGAAAGGCUCCCGACACGUGGUCCCCUCAGGGCAGACAACGAGGUCCCCGUUGUCCAACUGGCGCUUGAUCCGGCUGGCAUCGACCUCGCGGGCCCGGAGGAUCUCGGAGAGGCGGGAGAUGGAGUAGGUGACGGCGGGGAUGCGGCGGCCGAGGACGGACGAGAGGACGACGGGGUCCAUGAGAGUGCGGUGGGUGCACACGUAGAGGACACCGCCACUGAGGCCGAGGGGCGGUGGGGACCCGCGGACGGUGACGCGGGCCCCGAGGAGAGGGGCAAUGGCACGGGUGGCGCGCAUGGGGAGGAGGAGGCCGAGGGAGAUGCGGAUGAAAGCGAGGAGGGAGCCGAGGGGGAUCCAGAGGAGGAUGAGGAGGGCGGCCGAGGGGGAUGGACGGAGGGCGAGGCGGCCGUCGUGGAAGAUCACGGGGCGGGGCCGGCGGGUUGUGGCGGCGCCGAACCAUCCCUCCCUAGCCCCAAGCAAGGCUCUUCAUCCUCACACAGCCUAGCAACACCUUUACCUAUCGAGCCAAAAUCGUCCCUCACAAAACCCGUGGCCAACCCGAAUCGAUUUGUCGAGAGCUCACUCCCGACAACACUAUCCGCACGUAAAUGCUCCUUCGCAAACAUCUCCACCAUAACUCUAGGCAUUCGAGUCACAACCAUCUGUUUAUCAUACGAGCUAAAAACUCCCCAUGCCUCGAUAUCAACAUCAUCCAUGAAGAACUUGGGCAAAACGGCUCGGGCCACAGCCUCGAUCUCAGACAGAGGCAAUCCAGCAGUGGCCACGAAAAUGGCGAGCUUGAGCCCAUUAUCUUCUCGGCCUAAUGCCUCAAGGAGUCGUAUAAUGGGCCAUAGGCCCAAAAGCAAGGCGAACCGGAUGAGCCCAGAAGCCUCGAAUGCUAUGAGCAUAAAG